CGUCACCGGCUCCUCCCCCUGGCGGCGCGCGCACGUCACCGGCUUCUCUGAGCCCGCGGCGCGGCGAGAGCGAUGGCAGCAGAUGAGCCUCAGCCGGCGAAGAAGCCGAAACUGGAAGAUAAGCCCCUCAGACAAAAUGUACUUUUUGGGAUGGGAAACCCUCUUCUUGACAUAUGUGCUGUCGUGGACAAGGAUUUUCUUGACAAGUACGGAUUGAAGACAAAUGACCAGAUUCUGGCUGAUGAGAAACACAAGGAGCUGUUUGAUGAACUUGUGAAGAAGUUCAAGGUGGAGUACCAUGCAGGUGGUUCCACACAGAAUUCGGUCAAAGUAGCCCAGUGGAUGAUUCAGCAGCCCCAUAAAGUAGCAACGUUCUUUGGGUGCAUUGGAAGAGAUAAAUUUGGUGACAUCUUGAAGAAAAAAGCUGAAGAAGCGCACAUUGAUGCACAUUACUAUGAGCAAAGUGAACAGCCAACGGGCACUUGUGCUGCCUGCAUCACUGGAGACAACAGGUCAGCGAAUCCUUUCAAGAAACUUGGUUUAAGGUCUCUUAUCGCUAAUCUAGCAGCUGCAAAUUGUUACAAAAAGGAGAAGCACCUGGACCACAAGGAAAACUGGCAGCUGGUGGAAAAGGCCAAAGUGUAUUAUAUUGCCGGAUUCUUUAUUACAGUCUCAACAGAAUCCAUUCUGAAAGUGGCAUCACAUGUUUCUGAAAACAACAAGAUCUUGGGCCUAAAUCUAUCAGCGCCAUUCAUCUCACAGUUUUUCAAGGAGGACCUGAUGAAAAUUAUCCCCUAUGUUGACAUCCUGUUUGGAAAUGAGACGGAGGCUGCCACUUUUGCUAGAGAGCAAGGCUUUGAGACAGAAGAUAUUAAAGAAAUUGCCAAGAAAGCACAAUGUUUGCCAAAGGUGAACAAAAAGCGACAACGUAUCAUAGUUUUCACACAAGGCAAAGAUGAUACUAUUAUGGCCACAGCUGAUAAUGUGACUGCUUAUCCUGUCCUGGAUAUUAAACAAGAUGACAUUGUCGAUACAAAUGGAGCUGGUGAUGCCUUUGUUGGAGGUUUCUUGUCACAACUGCUCCAUGAUCAACCUCUUGAAGAAUGCAUCCGUGCUGGUCAUUAUGCAGCAAAUGUCAUUAUUAAGCGUUCUGGCUGCACGUUCCCAGAAACACCAGACUUUCAUUGAUCUUUCCUUUAAACAAAAAAUAUGGGAUCAAAAACCCCUUUGCCAAAUCUCAGAGCAGGGACAGCUGUCCAUUUAUAACUAAUAACCUCUCUCUCCUUUUCCUCCCUUGAAAACCCUGUAUUUAGCUUUUUAUUCAUUUUUGUUGGUCUUGUUACUAAGGUUCAUAUUUAGAAAACAAUUAAAAAAUAAAUAACAAGGUCUGAACAGAGUUUGAUCAAAUUGAUGAUCAAAAACUGUCAACUUCAAAGUUCAUUUCGUAAUUAUUGUUUACAUCCCUUAACGAAACCAUGAAGUGUUGAUUCUACUGGUGAAUGCUUGAGUAGUCAAUGUUAGCCACAUCGUGGUCAUUAUGGUAUUGGUGGUGGCUGAAACCAUGUGGUCAAAACUACACUGACCAUUUUAUUCAAAUCUUCAAAUUUUAAAACCUGUUUUUCUUCAGUUUGUUCUGACUGAAUUUUUAAUUCAGUCCAGAGUGGGAAUUGUAACAGAUCUCAAGUCAUGUUUGAAAGAGAUGAAUUGGAUUAUCCUGAAAUGGUUUCUGUUUAGCAGAUUACCUCAGUACUUUGUUUUUGAGCUUGUUCAGAAAAGCAAACUUAUGUAGCAAGAAUAAAAUAAAGUGAGUUAUAGAAAUAUUUAUGAAGGCAAACCUUACACUGAAAUACCAAAUCUUCUGCAAAUGCAGAGUUUUUAAAGUCCUUACGCUCUAUAGUUGUUUGGAUUCCUGUGAUAGUCUUGAAAGACAAACAACUACACACUGUUGAGAUGAGAGCCUUCUUUAUAAUUUGAUAUCUACAAUAAACAAGGAUGAUUCUCAUAAAUGCUUUCUAGUCUUUCUUGUAUUUUUCUUAUAAGGGACUGAAGUAAUUAUAUGUUUGUUGGAUUUUAUUUGAAAUGGUAUCCAAGUUCGAUCGUUUCACAAGUGAAGUAUUUUACAGUUUUCAUUGUGCUGUGGGUAAUUAUUGGCCAAUGUCCAAAGGCAAUUUUCAUCAUCUUCAAGUUAGCUUUCCUAACCUAGUGUACAUUCUCUGUUAUGGUCAAAGCUUAAAAAAUCUUAAUAA